ACUCUGAAGCAACAUUACUAAAUUGGCAGAAGUUUCUAGGGCAGACCCUGUCAAUCCACCCGGAUGACGGCUGUCCUCUCAGGACGCCAGUGGAGGACAGACGCCCACGCGAAGCCAAAGACAGGAUUUAACCGAACAGCACAGGCCCCGCUCUUAUCUCCCACCGUUCGGCAGGAUAAAACAUGUGCUGCAGGAGUCUUCACCAUAGCCCACGUUACCAUGGCCACCCACUUCUCCAAGGAUCAGGAGGAGAGAAUCAAGUGUGUUAAGGGGGACCUUUUCUCAUGCCCCCAGACGGACUCAUUGGCUCAUUGCAUCAGCGAGGAUUGUCGCAUGGGUGCAGGCAUAGCUGUUCUUUUUAAGAAAAAGUUUGGAGGCGUACAAGAGCUGUUGGAUCAACAAAAGAAGACUGGGGAGGUGGCGGUUCUCCAAAGAGAGGACCGAUACAUUUACUACCUGAUUACGAAGAAGAAAGUUUCUCACAAACCAACAUAUGAGAGUAUGCGAAAGAGUUUAGAAGCUAUGAAAGCUCACUGUCUAAACAAUGGAGUUACUGACAUUUCCAUGCCUAGGAUUGGAUGUGGGCUUGACCGCCUGGAUUGGAAUAAAGUUUCAGCAAUACUUGGAGAAGUGUUUGAAGACACAGAUAUAAAGAUCACAGUUUACACUCUGUGAGCAAAAGAGUUUAAAGAGAACCCCAUUUCCCUUGCUUUCAGGAGUGGAAACCUGUUAACUGGUGAGGGGGGAAACUGCAUGCUGAGCACAUCCUUCGUCUGAGCGUAGCUCACUCUUGUGUUGGCAGUGGCUUUUAACAACAACAACAAAAAAAAACAACUCCAGAGCAGCUAGUUUGGGAUGUAGUGUUCAGGGAGCCUGUGAAGAAGGCAGGGGUGUUGCAGCAACCCUGUGGGAGUUCCUGGUCUGUCCCUGCAAGCCACCAGAUGUCACUGGUCCUCCGCGGAGCACCUGCCUGCAGUAGAGCUUCUACUUAAAGCUGACAGUUCCUGUGCAGAGUGAAAUUGGAGCUGUCUGUUGCUUAGGUAUUUGUUGGUUUGUAGUUACGGUUGAUAAUGAUGAGCUGUGGAGCCCUGUCACUUUUGUUUUUUAAAGUUUUGCAAUGUUCAUGUCUGGCAUACAGUUUACUUACACUGUUCAUUGUAGGACUAAAAAUUUAAUUUCUACAUUCUGGCCACAAAUAAAAUCUUUUGUUACGAGAUUGUACUCACUAAGAAUCAUGCUGUCAACAUUAAAUAAAUAGCUCUUCAGUACUCUGCUGUCAGAUCAGAGCACGGUGGUUUUGAAAAACAUACCUAUGUCUGUAUGUGUUGUGGCUGUAUUCUAGAGGAAAGCUGGGUUUUGAAGGGGAAUGCUGGAGGUGUGUAAAGACACCUUGUGGGUGCAUUUUAUAGCAUAUAAUUGGUAUAGUUUGCAGAACUCGGUUUUCCGAGAACCCACACAUGUGAAUGACUGAUGGGCUGUAAAAAGUCAUAGUAUGGAGUUUAAGGUUUGUUUUUCGUAUUUCUUUUUUAGUGCAUUUGUAGUUUAGCUGUUAUAUGUAGGUUGGUGUUUGAUGUCACCAAUAGCAAAAGCAAAUCAGUAACACAGUUCAUCAGACCGCUGGUAAACACUUGAUUUUUGACAGUUUGAUUCCAGUACUGAAGAACUGUCAUAUACUCUGCAUUUCCUUCACGUUUGUUUUUCCCCACCCUCCCAUAAUAACAAAUCUUUGACUUCUGCUGUACUGAAUGCCCAGAAAAAUGCCAGAUAAGUUGAAUAAACCUAAAAGAUGGGACAUAACGGUUGAGAAGUUUUUAGCAUAACGUAGGGUUCCAAAUGGGUUUUCGCUGUGAAUUGAAUGGGUGGAGUGUUUUGUGUUCUGAGCAUUGUGGGUUAAUCUGUAUUGUGCGGUUUCUUUGCUGAUGCAGAUCUGCAAAUCCUGUUUGUGUCUUUAAGAGCUUCAUAUUAUUACUCUCCCUGUUUGUUGACCGUCCUUUGUAAACUUGUUUUUGGUGGAUAAUUGCUGUAGCUGAAUACACAACUGAAAGAAAAAUAAACUCAGUAAGACAAAUGG